GAUUGCUCGAUGCCGAAAGUUUACCUUAUAUGGAAGGAGCCGGCCGCAGUGCCGGGUAUAAAACUGUGUUCCAGCUCACGCACAGUAUUGUGAGUUUUCAGUGCACGCUGAGAAGAUCUUCACACCCCUUGUUCACAGUAACCUACUAAUACACAGCCAUGGAUGAGGAAAUCGCUGCCCUGGUCGUUGACAACGGCUCCGGUAUGUGCAAAGCCGGUUUUGCUGGAGAUGAUGCCCCUCGUGCUGUCUUCCCCUCCAUUGUUGGCCGACCCAGGCAUCAGGGAGUGAUGGUUGGCAUGGGACAGAAGGACUCCUAUGUGGGAGAUGAGGCCCAGAGCAAGAGAGGUAUCCUGACCCUUAAAUAUCCUAUUGAGCACGGUAUUGUGACCAACUGGGAUGAUAUGGAGAAGAUCUGGCACCACACUUUCUACAACGAGCUGCGUGUUGCCCCUGAGGAGCACCCUGUCCUGCUGACAGAGGCUCCCCUCAAUCCCAAAGCCAACAGGGAGAAGAUGACACAGAUCAUGUUUGAGACCUUCAACACCCCUGCCAUGUAUGUGGCCAUCCAGGCUGUGCUCUCCCUGUACGCUUCUGGUCGUACUACUGGUAUCGUGAUGGACUCUGGUGAUGGUGUGACCCACACCGUGCCCAUCUACGAGGGUUAUGCUCUUCCCCACGCCAUCCUGCGUUUGGAUCUGGCUGGUCGUGACCUGACAGACUACCUGAUGAAGAUCCUGACCGAGCGUGGCUACAGCUUCACCACCACGGCCGAGAGAGAAAUUGUCCGUGACAUCAAGGAGAAGCUGUGCUAUGUGGCCCUGGACUUCGAGCAGGAGAUGGGAACCGCUGCCUCCUCUUCCUCCCUGGAGAAGAGCUACGAGCUGCCUGACGGGCAGGUCAUCACCAUCGGCAAUGAGCGUUUCCGUUGCCCUGAGGCUCUCUUCCAGCCUUCCUUCCUGGGUAUGGAAUCUUGCGGUAUCCAUGAGACUACCUUCAACUCCAUCAUGAAGUGUGAUGUGGACAUCCGUAAAGACCUGUAUGCCAACACCGUGCUGUCUGGAGGUACCACCAUGUACCCUGGCAUUGCUGACCGUAUGCAGAAGGAGAUCACCUCCCUUGCUCCCUCCACCAUGAAGAUCAAGAUCAUUGCUCCCCCUGAGCGCAAAUACUCUGUCUGGAUUGGUGGCUCCAUCCUGGCCUCUCUGUCCACCUUCCAGCAGAUGUGGAUCAGCAAGCAGGAGUACGAUGAGUCUGGCCCUUCCAUCGUCCACAGGAAGUGCUUCUAAACAGAACUGUUGCCACCAUAAAUGGCCAUGCAGUAGGAUUCAAUCGAACGACCAAUCCAAACCUCUCAAACAAGAUGACAUCAGCAUGGCUUCUGCUCUGUAUGGCGCAUUGACUCAGGAUGCGGAAACUGGAAAGGGAGGUAGUUGAUUUACAGGGGGAAGAGCUUUCCCCGAGAGGACUUCAAUGUACAUUUCUUCUUCUUUUAGUCAUUCCAGAAGCGUCUACCACUUCGCCCUCAUCACUGUGGGCAAUACAUGACCUUUGUUAUAGUGUUUAUAAAUUAUGUACUCGAUGCAUUGUUUAAUUUUUUUUUUUUUUUUGUACUUCAGCCUUAAACUUGGCACAGUUUGUUGCAAUUACGGGGAAAGCUUUACCUUUUAAACGUGAAGAUCUUGCAGGACUCCCCUAGGGAAUGUGAAUGAGGGAUGUCCCUUGUGUAUGUAAGCCAGGGUGUCUCUGUACACUGACAAGUAAACCCAAAUAAAACGUGCACAUGUAAAACCACA